CAAGGUGCUCACACGUGACACAUGUCAAUUCCAGAUAUUAUCCUUCCUACUAGUACUAGGUAGUAUUUCAUUACCCACAACAAAAAAACUAAACUAUGGCGAACAAGGGUGAGCUGGUCUGCGUCACUGGAGCCAGUGGCUGCAUUGGCUCCUGGCUCGUCACUCUUCUCCUCCACCGUGGUUACUCCAUUAACGCCGCCGUCAAAGAUCUAAACGAUGAAACUGAGACCAAGCAUCUUCAAGCAUUAGAAGGAGCUCAGACCCGUCUUCGCCUCUUCCAGCUCGAUCUCCUCGACUACAGCUCCAUCGCCGCUGCCGUUCAUGGCUGCUCCGGUGUCUUCCACCUUGCCUCCCCAUGCAUCGUCGACGAAGUCCAUGAACCAGAGAAAGAGCUAUUGGACCCGGCGGUCAAAGGAACGAUUAACGUUCUGACAGCGGCCAAGGAGGCUGGAGUUGGGCGAGUGGUGGUCACUUCCUCUAUCUCCUCCAUUGCUCCAAACCCUAACUGGCCCUCCGACGUUGCGAUGAAUGAGGAUGGUUGGACUGACCUUGACUACUGCAAGCAGAAAAAACUGUGGUAUCCGAUGUCGAAAACUCUGGCUGAGAAAGCUGCGUGGGAAUUUGCCAAGGAGAAAGGAUUAGAUGUGGUUGUGGUGAACCCGGGUACGGUGAUGGGACCUAUUAUUUCACCAAAGCUUAAUGCUAGUAUGAUCAUGCUCUUGCGCCUUCUCCAGGGUUGCACUGAAACUUAUUUGGACUUCUUUAUUGGGUCUGUACAUUUUAAAGAUGUAGCUUUGGCUCAUAUUUUGGUGUAUGAGAACAAGUCAGCAAGUGGAAGGCACUUGUGUUUAGAAGCCCUAUCACAUUAUGGUGAUUUAGCGGCAAAGGUUGCUGAACUUUACCCAGAGUUUAAGUUGCCCAGUCUCCCAAGGGAUACUCAACCUGGGCUGUUGAGGGCAAACAAUGCAGCAAAGAAGCUGAUUGACAUGGGAUUACAGUUCAUACCAAUGGAGCAAAUUAUCAAGGAUUCUGUAGAGAGUUUAAAGAGCAAGGGUUUUCUUACUUAAACCAAGCUGCAUCUGAAUGUUGGCUUUCAGAACAAUAACAAAUCUAAAUAAAAGCUACAGAGGACUAUUGUUUUACCAGUUAACUGCAUUAUAGAAGUGGUGAGUUGAUGUAAUCUAAAUAAAAGCUGGUCUGGUACGAUGACUAUUAUUUUGCCAGUUAACUGCCAUAAUCUUCGCACUUGCAUUAGUAUUAUAUGCAGUUGAAGAAAAAGGUGGCUAUUAAACUGUAGUAGGGACAUUUUGCUUUCUGUUGCUUCCACAGGAAAAGAGUGUCUUUAAUUUUUUGAGUUAUGAAUAAUUGCACUUUUUGUUUUUCUGAAGUUAGUGUAUGAAUCUAUGAUUAGUUACUGCA